AUGGCUCAAGUACUCUCCCCGGGUGCUGUACCUGAGCCAGCCAUUCGUCCACAAGAAGAAGAGUGGCGCGAGAAUCUCAACGUGAAGCUCAUCUGUCGCGACUGUCGCGAGGAUCCACCUGAAUUGUUCGAAGACCACGCAAGUGGCGAUCUCAUCUGCGCCAACUGCGGCCUCGUCCUGCAGCAGCGCUCCAUCGAUACCUCUUCGGAAUGGCGUACCUUCUCCAACGACGACCAAGGCAACGACGACCCGUCGCGUGUUGGUGAUGGUCCAAACGCCCUGCUCAACGGUGCUCAGCUGAACACCAACAUUGCCUUUGGUGAUGGUGGCAUGCGCAGCAAGGAGCUCCACCGCGCUCAGAACAAAGCCAAUCUAGACAAGGGCAACAAGUCUCUCCUCCAAGCCUACAAGCAGAUUGGCGCACUUUGCGAUGGCUGGCAGCUCACGACCAGCGUCUCCGACACCGCCAAAUACCUCUACAAGGACGCCGACGAGAGCAAGAUCUUCAAGGGCAAGAGUCAAGAGGCGCUCAUUGCAGGAUGCGUCUUCCUUGCCUGCCGCAGAAAUGGAGUUCCUCGGUCGUUCCGUGAGGUGAUGGAGUUGACCAAGGUCAGCAAGAAGGAGAUUGGCCGUAUCUUCAAGAUGCUCGAGCAGUUCAACAUGCACCGUGACAAGGACAAGCAGGGUACCGGUGGAACUUCGAUGGUUGCAGGCGGUGCGGUGGUCUUCAACGAGGAGUACAAGGGCAGCACCACUGCCGACCCGAAAGAUCUCUGCAACCGCUACUGCAGCAUGCUGGACAUGCAACAGAAUACCACCAAUGUGGCUAUCAUUCUGGCCACUCAGAUGACCACCACAGGUGCGCUUGCUGGUCGCUCGCCAUUGUCUUCCGCCGCCGCCUGUAUCUACAUGGCUGGUCACCUCAUGGGCCAGCCAAAGAACGCCAAGGAGAUCCAGAGCGUGGCUCGCGUCAGCGACAGCACCAUCCGUCACGCGUAUAAGCUGCUGUGGCUGGACCGUGACAAGCUCAUCACCGAGGAGAUCAUCGGUCGUGGUGCCGACCCUGAGAAGCUCCCAAAGCCAUCCUAG